AUGGCUAACGAUCUAUACGCAGUCGAGCUCACAGCCCACCACUGGGCACAAUUCACUGUCGGUCGUAUGGUCGCCUACUUCGCUGUUGGGCUAGUCGAGAAUGCGGUACCGUCCUACAAUGCCGAGACAUCUCCAGCUCCAACGCGAGGUAUCUUGUCUGGCUCGAUUAUGAUGGUUUCGUCACUGGGCAAUCUCUGGGGAGCUGGAAUGUCACAGGCAUACGCGACUGACUCCACCAAAAAAGGCUGGAUGGUCCCCACGGCUAUGCAGUUCAUUCCCGCCAUUGGCCUACUUGGUCUGAUUCCUUGGACUCCUGAGUCGCCUCGAUGGCUUAUUCUAAAAGGACGAAAACAAGAAGCCCAGAUCGCUCUCGACCGGAUUCGUCCUGCAGAAGAUGUACAGAUAGGAGCCACGGUGGCGGAAGCAGAAGCUAUUGAAAAACUCCUGGAAGAAUCUAAAGUUUCUGACCAAGGCUCCUGGCUUGAUCUUUUCCGGGGUAACUACCUGCGACGGACCUGGGUAACUAUCACUAUUCAUCGAUACAUUUCGGCCACCUUAUUCGUCCUCGAGCAGAUGAAUGGCAAUCAGUUUGUACAGUCAUACGCGGCCACCUUCUACGUGCAGCAGGGCAUGGGAUCCAUGUCUUUUACAUAUACAAUGGUUGGCCAGGUGGUUGGAGUGGUUGGGUGCGCCAUCGGACUUGUGCUUCUGGAUAUCAGCGGCCGAAGACCUCUCUUGAUUUAUGGAAGUGCGGUUUGCACUUUUUUGCUCUACCUUGCUUCGGGGCUGGGCACUGUGCCCUCUAUGAACCAGAAUGAAGUCAACACGACCAUCGCUUGCUUCAUUCUUCUGCCAGCCUUCACUCGUAUUUCUGCCUCGAACAACGCUUUUCUGACAGGAGCAGAAAUUGGAGGAGUACGAAUGAGAAAAAAGAUCAUGGCGUUCGGAACAGCGUGUGAUGUGGCUGGAGCCUUCCUGGUUACCUUCGUCACCCCCUACGUUUUGCCUAGUAUGGGAAGUGGGAUUGGCUGGAUAUUUGGCUCUGUGGCGGCUUUUUCUAUUAUCUGGGGAUUUCUAUUCUUCCCAGAGCUCAAGGGCCGGUCGCUUGAAGAAGUCGACGAGCUUUUUGAGGCGAAGCUGGGGGCUCGGCAGUUCAAGCAGUAUCAAACCCACGGGACAGGACAGCUUAUUGCUACUCUGGAGAAACACGGGUUGGCCGAUGAAAAGCCACCGCAGGAAGGAGUGGAGUUGUCUGAUGCCGAUGCUAAAGUGAGUUUUACUCUACAAGGAUCGUUUGACAGGCGAAUAACCACCAACGAUGCAUUAGCACAAACACGUUGA